AUGAUUACUCGUGAAUAUCUUUCGUUUUGGGAAUCCAUAAGUCAAAUAUACUUCAACCAUUAUACAAUUGUACUAGUUAUCCUAAUUAUCAAAAUCUACCUUUUCAAACGAUCAGUUAUCGAUUCUUUAAACAAUUUACAAGUGGCAGAAGUUUCGUGUGAACAAGAUGCCACCCUAAUCAAUGCCAAAGUAUUUGAUAUGUUUCAAUUCAUCAUCAUUCAAAGUUUAAAUCUGAUUCAAGUUAUAAAUUUAAAAUUCUUUCAAAUGAUCAUUACUAUCAUAGAGAAUAUCAUCUGGUUUGUAAUUGAAUUGUUUUUAGGAACUUAUACAUGUUUAUUACAAGCCUUAAUCACCAACACUGCUGAUUUUGCUGUGGAUGCUAGUGAAUCAAUCAUAGUGGCAGUUAAUUCAACUAUAGUAGGUUUAACUAAUGAUAUUGAAGAUGGAUUGAAUGGAUUAAGUAAAAUCAUAAAUGAUUUUAUCAGUAUUGGGUCUAAAAUAUCUAAUUUCUUCACCGGGAGUUCAAGUAGUGAUAAUAAUGGUCAACAAUAUCAAAAUUCAAUUAAUUUAUCGAUAUCUGGGUUGAAGAAUAUUUCAAUCCCAUCAUCAGUAUUAACUAGUAUUAAUAACUUUAAAUUAACAACCUUACCUAAUUUCACCAAUAUUGAAAAUGAUUAUAAAGAUUUAAUCUCCCUUCCCUUAGAUACAUUUUUAAAUCAAUCAACUAUAUCAAAUCCUAUUAAUGAAACUGAAUUAACUUUGAAUUUUCCUCAAUUUCCUAUCCAAACAUUAUGUUCAAAUGCCAGUAAUAAAUAUAAUGAAGAUUUGAUGUAUUUAGUUGAUAAGGUUGAAUUCAUAUCAAAGAUAAUCUUCAUUGCUCUUAGUAUUUGUUGUAUUUUAUCUAUCAUCCCUCUUAUUUAUCAACAUUAUUAUCAUUAUUAUGUCAAAUUACCACAACUCUUGAAUGCAUUAGAUGAUGACAAUGAUGAAAUCAUAAAGAUUAAUAAUACUUUACAUUCUUUUUAUAAUUCAUCUUGGAUAACUAAUCUUUUUUAUAAAGUAUUUAAUAUUAAAAGUCAUAAGUUAAAAUGGUUAAUCACAUAUUUAUCUACCAAUUAUUGUUUGAUUAUAUUAGGACUAGGUUUAAUUGGGAUAUUAUCAUGUGUUCUACAACUAAUCAUCAUCAUAAUCCUUAAUAAACAAAUCCAUAUCACUACAACAUAUUUACAACAAUCAAUCAUCCCUUCCAAUCAAACCAAUUCAACCAUCACAUCAGCCAUAACUCAAUACAUAACUGAUGUAAAUCAAUUCAUUCAACAAGAAGAAAAUCAAAUCAAUCAACAAUUAUUCGGAACCCUAUUACAAACCACCUCAUCGAUAAACUCCACCAUUGCAACCUUUGUCAAUAAUUUGAAUUCCACCAUCAGUUCAACCUUUGGUGAUAUCCCGGUCUUAAGCACUUCGAUAUCGACUAUUGUGUAUUGUACGUUGAUUCGAAGAUUGAUCACGGUGGAGAAGGGGUUGACGUGGAUUAAUAAUAGUUUUAAGAUAUCAAUCCCAUUAUUGAAUUCAACUAGUUUUGAAACUCAAUUAUUGAAUGUUUUGGAUGAUUCAGAAGCUAUGAAUGCAAGUAAUUCUCAAUUAUUGGAGUUGAUUAAUAAAACUAUUGAUCUGUAUAAACAAUCAGUUAAGAUUGAAUUUUUAAUUAGUCUUAUAUUUAUUGCAGUUUGGUUAAUACAAUUAUUAAUCGGGUUAAUCAUAAUCAUGAUCCAAACUUGGUUGAAUCAACCAAAGACGGAUUUUACAGUUUCAUCAUUAUUUUCACCUUCACUUCCAUCUAAUCCACCACCUCAUUACGAUACUACCCAUAUUAGUUCACCCCAACCUUUAACCAUAGCUCAAAAACAUGAAUACGGAUAUCCAUUCACAAACCCUUAUGAUGAGAAAGUAUACUCUACAUCAAGUCGAUAUCCAUCAACUCUUGAAUCUAUGUAA